AUGGCGUCCGUUGGUAAGGAUUCUGAGAUGCUGGACGUGAGCGCGCCUUCCGGACGCGACACAAGCGAAGAAAAUGAUGCGUCACGUGUCAAUGGUGAAGCUCACCAGAUGAAUGGCCGAAUCACGAAUGUAUCUUCAAUUUCGCCCCAGACCAACAAUGGCACUCAAAACAUUGCAACGUCACCUUCGAUGAGCAGGAGUGGCCGGACUCCUUCCCAGAGCAUCAAGAGCGGAUCCAACGGCCAGAGAAAUGGCAUCAAGGAGGAGGACAACAAUGUAUCACCUUCCAAGGCCGCUGCUAAAAAUGUCAGAUUUCAUAAGGAAGUUGCUCGAUUGCAGGAGAUCGUGGAUGAUGUUUCUCCAGAGGCGGCAAGGACUGUUCUUCACGCCAAAUGGAGAAGAUUCAUUUUUGAAGAUUACGACGAAUUCCAUAUUAGUUUCGUGCUUCGAGCGGUCUUGAAGAAUGCCAACCUGGAGGUCUUGGAGAGGGUGGCUAGAGAUGGAGGACUAUUCAAGGGACCUAUGCUCCAAGCCGCCGUAGAGAACAAAGUGGUCAUCAACUCCAUUGUCAGUGACACCGACCAUGUACCUCUUCUCGCGAAGCACAUGUCUCCAGAGGAGCUUUUUAGCGCUUUGCCGGAGGCGUUCAUUGACAAAGCUGUUGCGGGUCGUAUUGCGACGGUGGAAUCAAGGCAACUCGUCACUUGGCUGGCUAGCGCUGGACGAUUAGGAUAUAGAAACGAUGAUUUGAUUGGCGUUGACGAAAGAGUGGCUCCGAAUCCCGCAAACGCUCCCCCGGCUGCUCUAUCAAAAGGGGAAGAAAUGGAAGCAUUGGAGGUUAUCAACGCGCUGGGAACACCAGCAUUUCCAAUGAGACCAGCGCCACAUGUACCUCAACCACUACCACCAACCGAUCUUCGUCAGCCAAUGGUCUGUCAACUGUGCAAAAAGUCGUUCACGAGUUUGUCCGGAUACAACUACCAUACAUUCAAAGGUAUAUGUGAGAAAGUGGCUCCUGCGACUGGGUGGAAAUGGGUCUGCGAGUAUUGUCUGCAAGGUUUUACCACAAAGCAAGGGAGAGAGUACCACAACCUGAAACAUGUUUGCGAGAACAGCGAGAUCCAACCUCCAUCCGAUCCUUCCAUGGAAAGUCCUCAACUUGGUAAAAAUAACACUCCGCGCUCGACGCCGAGACCUCCUAUCCGCACCUCGUCCUCAUCUGGUAGCAUCAGUAAGAUUCGCCGCCAAUCUACUGACCAGCCAACAGGUUUCCAGCAAGACUUUGCUCCAUCAGUCCCCCUAAAUGGCCACUUACACUCCGGUUCCAGCACUCCGCUCAAUAAAACUACAGUGUUUAAUGACCUUGGCGCAGAAUCAAGUACUCCUCCAAGCUCGGGCUCUCGUAAACAACGAUCUGACCGCGAUGUCCGUCAUCCACCAGAAGAUUUACCGCCGGAGAAGUUGGCUGCCAUGAAUAGAGAAAUUGACGAAGAGGAUGCUCGUCACAGAGCGCUUCAAGAGGAGAUCUUAAAAUUGCCGCAAGAGGAACAAGAACAGCGGUUACAGUCAGCUAAGAAUGGCAAUGCUUCAAAGAAGUCGACUAUUCGUAAGCGGUAUGGUGUUACCUUGCGAUUACGCGAAAAAGACAAAAUUGCCGCGGGCACCAAGAAGGGUACCUCCAGCAAGCUUCGAACAUCUCUUAGUGCAAACCCCGAGACUCUCACUCCUAGGAAUUACAUACCACCAGCACCCCCUGCAAAUAUCUCAUUCAUGCCCAUCAAUACCAUUGUCGCAGCACCACCCCCAGCCACGUUCUCGCCAGUCAACGCCGGCCGUGUUUUUGAACCCCCUCCACGUAUUAACAACGGCUGGAUCAAUCCGCCACCACCAAUGCCAUAUCCUUACGGGGCACCCCAUAAUCAACCGUAUAUUCCAGACAGCCGUCCACCGCCUUAUCCUCAACACCUUCCGGCUUCAUCUUCCCCAAGAGCGUCUGUCGGCUCCUCUCCUAAAGCUAAGACCCCCAAAACGCAGAAACCAGUAAAUUAUGCGCCUCAACACCAACAAACCGCUGCCUCAUACGCAGUCAACAAUAAACGUCGACGCUCAGAUUCUCAAAGUGGAGAUGAAGGCUCAGCCAGACCCUCGCCCGCUUACCGUACCCCUUAUGAGCCAAUACCUCUUCCCGACGACGAUGCCGUUCAGCUCCAGAUGCAGGAGGUUUCAUCGCAGCCGGCAGCAGCGAAGUUUCCCAAAAAGUUCCUCGCGGAGUCGCAACGUAAGUGGCAAGCUAUGAGACCUAGCCAGAGUGGAAGCAAUUCACCUGCUGCCUCCCCAGCUACGUCGGAAGUUAAUGACACAGCCGAGCCUGUAUCUGGGGACACCACAAUGAUUGACGCACCUGCUGCUGGUGUUAAUGCCGCAUUCGCUGCCGGUGCCUCGACCAACGACGAUCUUGUUCCAACAACAGAGAACCCAUCCAAUGAGCCCAAGAAAGAGCCUAUUGUCGAGCUUUCAGACUCCGAUUCAGACGACGGCGACAUUCCCAACGAUAAUUCUUGA